GAGAGAUGGUGGAGCUCUCGGUGAAAGCGCCAGAGACCGGCCGACCGACCGGGGUCCUGCAGCAGAACCGCGUCUUUCUCGACUUCUUCUGGGACUUGGCCAAACCGGACCAGGAGGUUCGGCUGAAGGCGGUGGAAAACCUCAUCCAGUACCUGAAAACCCACAACAAGGCAGAUGAACUGGAAUAUACCUUUAAAAGGCUGGUGGAUGGACUGGCUCAUACACGAGAGACUGCCAGACCUGGUUUCAGCCUGGCUCUGGGACAGGUCUUAAGUGCCUUUGAAGACGUCACUCUGCAGAGUGUACUCAACAGAAUCAAAGAAAAGCACAACUUGCAGACUGUGAAAAAGAAACUUGUCAGAAAUGCUAUGUUUGGAAACUUGUUUGGCGUCCUCGCCCUUCAUCAGUCCAGUCGCCUUUCUAAAGAGCCGCAGGUGGUGUUGGGAUGUGUCCAGCUCCUCCAGAGCCUCAGCCAGCACAGACAGCACCUGAAGGACCUGCCCAUGAAGACCAUGAUGGACAUCCUCACUGAGGUCCCAGAGGAGGUGUUUGAGGAGGUCCUUCUGGGCGCUCUGCAAACUGACCUGGUAUCAGCCUUCAGGACUCCAGAGCAGCUGCAGCUGCUACUGGUAGCUCUGCAGCGCUUCCCACAAACUCUCAAACCCAAGAAACUCAAGAAGUUGCUGGGCUCCUCAACUAUCAUCACCACUGACAACAUCCCCAAGUUGACGGAGGUGUUGAAGAUGGCGGCCCGCUCGGUGAAGAAGGAGUGUGUCCUCCCAGUGGUGGCCCUGGACCUGCUGAAGCUAUGUCUGAAAGAAGACAGUUUCCAGCUGUUCUGGAAUGCAGCCAUCAUCAGUGGCUUGUUAAAGGAGCCGCCGGGGCCGACUCAUUACCUGAGCUUUCGUCUGCUGGGCAGUGCCCUGCCGCUUCUGUCUGUAGCCCAGCUGAAGGAGGUGCUGUCUGGAGAGGUUAUGAUGCACUACGGCAAGCACGUUCUGUCCGCUCAGAAAUCAGAUCGCUUCAAGCUGGCUCCAGAGAUGGACACAUAUGUGUCGGACUUCUUGCAAGGCUGCCAGGACUCGGACAAACAGCUGGUUGUGAUGGUGGGCUUCUCCUCGCUGUCCAACCAGGGCUACCCUGUGGUGCCGUCAGUGUGGAAGGUGGUGCAGCACCUUCAGCCUGCAGCUCUGCAGAACUAUGUGGAGUGGCUGAAGAACAUGUUCCUGCAACCUCAGAUGGACAAGCUGCUGGACUUCAGCACUCGCAAGCAGAAAGACAGUCAGGAAAAACGGGAACAGAGGGAGAACUCCAUAUUUCGCCUGAGGAAGUGGCUUGUUGCUCGGCUUGCCUCGAUCAUUGACAACCACCAGGUGAAGAAGCAGGAGGGUUUUAUCAUGGAUGUGGCCAGGUUUGUCUUUUUCCACGCUUUCUUCAGUGCCAAGAAGUCCUCAGAUGACAUCGCAGAGACCAAGGGGAAGCUUUCAGCCCCACUAGAUGAUAGAACAAGAGGAGUGCUUAUCAAUUCUUUCUUUGGACUCCUCCUAUCCAUGCAUCACCUGCCGCUCAAUGAGGACUUGGCCGAAAGUGCAGCUGUCAGCCACAAGCGAGCGCUGGGUGUGACAGCUGAUGGCACCUUGUGGAUCUACCACCUGGUCCAGUAUGCCCAGGUCCUACUUAGCCAACCAAAAUAUGUCCAGAGCAACAAACCCUUCAGUCCUGAGCAGCGGCAGGCCUGGGACAGCAUGUUGGAGUCUGUGGCAAAUCUGAGGAAAAAAGCAAAGAAAGGCCAAACGACAGAGAACGACACAUUCCAGCAGCUCUUCCUAUUAGUCGGCAUGCACCUCUUCAAGGCGCCUGAAGAGCUGCUGGACAUCAUGAAGGACCUGCAGAGCUGUGUGGACAAAGCCCGGGAGAAGAAGGUCACGAAAAAGAAGAAGAAACAAGCCACUGAGCAGGGGGAGGAGCCUGAGUGGGUGGAGGUGAUGGUGGACAUCUUGUUGUCUCUGCUGUCCCAGCCAAGCCGACAUAUCAGACAGGUCUGCAAAACUGUCUUCUCCUCCAUCUGCCCCCAUGUUACUGCUGCAGCCCUCACCGCCAUCUUGGAUGUUCUGAACCCAGAGAAGGAUGACGAGGAGGACAGCGUUGUGGUCGUCACUGACGACAGCAACGCUAACAAACCGCACAGGGAGAUGCCAAAGGAGGAAGAUGACGAGGAACACGAUGAGGAAAUGGAGGAGGACAAAUCUGAUGAGGCAGAUGAUGACUCUGACGAGGAUGAAGAUGAUGAAGCAGCGGAGGAAGAGAACGAGGAACAGGUGGACCAAAACUUCCGUUUAGAGCUGAUGAAGGUGUUGCAGCAGCAGAAUGCUUUGGCCACAGAGGAGGAUGGCAGCAGUGAUGAAGAUCUGGAUGAUGAAGCCAUGAUGAAGCUGGAUAAGAAGCUGUCAGCAUUGUUCACAGAGCAGAAGAAAAAGACCCAGGCCAAGAAGGAUGAGAAGGCAAAGCUACAGAAAGAGAAGGCACUGGUCCGAGACUUUAAGAUCAAGGUAUUGGACCUCGUCGAGGUUUUUGUAGCCCGACAGGCUGGCAGUCCUCUCGUGUUGUGUUUGGUGGAGCCUCUGCUCACCAUCAUCAACAGAGGAAUGAGCUCAGACAGCGACCAGCAGGAGCAAGACUUCCUCCGCCGAACUGCAGACAUCUUCAGGAACCAGCUGUGUAGGUCCAAGGUUUACUGCAGGGCUGUUGGUGACAGGCAGGGGGAGCUCCACGACCUGCUGGACAAACUGAUGGCUAAAGCCCAGAAACUGUCAGACUCCUCAGUCUGCCUCUACUACUUCAGUGCAUCUCUGUACGUGGUGAAAGUCCUGCGAGGAGCUCCUCCUGCUCAGACCAAAGAGGAACAGGCAGCUGAGAAAGCUGCAGCCAACGACCUGAGAUUCAUGGGGGAUGUGGAUGUGGAUCGGGUCUCCACCCUCUUCAGAGAGGCUCUGACCUCCUUCCUGAGCCGGAGGAAGAGCCCUCUGACUGCUCAGAUGUUCACUGACUUGUUCACCAGAUUCCCUGUUUUGUGUGUGAAUCUGUUGGAUACCGCAGUGCAUCACAUCACAUCUGGGGUCAGAGAACACCAGCAGGGCCAAGCGUGUGUGUUGGUGUUGCGCGCGAUGCAAAGCGGGGAGGUCCAGCGGCUGCUGAGUAACGCUCAGUGGACAGAGCUCUGUGUGAAGGUCACAGGUCAGCUGGCAGCGAGUCUUCAGCAGGUUGGCCAAACAGAAAGCAAGGCAGUGAAGGAGAAGGUUGUGAAAACCCUGGAGCUCUGUCACUUCCUGAUCAAGCUUGUCCACCAGAAGAAACUCUCUGUGGACCUGGAGCCCCUUCAGACGGUCCUGCAGUCCCUGACCAGCACCAUCACUUUCAAGAAGACUGGCAAGUUGGAAGACACCUACUGGGCUGUGAUGAAACUCUUUGGAGUCAUAAAACCCAAAGUUGAAAAGGCAACAUCUGACAAGGAGGCCGUGCAACAGCCAGUCCCCAAGAAGAAGAAGGGCUUUCUGCCUGAAUCCAAAAAGCGUAAAAAGCGCCAGAAGCCUGUUUUGGAACCAGCAGCAGACAACUCAACCUCUACAGACAAACCAUGGGCAGGAAAAGGGCGUGACAAAAAGAAACACGACAAAGCUAAACACAAACGACCAGCUGACAGUGCAACAGCUUCUCAGCCCAGCCCUGCUAAGAAGAGCAGGACGCAGUCUCAGAGCAAGCCAGUGAAGAAGAAGAAACCCAAACAGAAGAAAGAGGGAGGAGGGCAGAUGUAAUGACAGACUUGCUAUUUAAACAGACUGAAAGAAGCUUUUCUCAACGUUCUUUUCAAACAGCUGUUUUUGUCUGUUCAUUUUUUUACUGUCCAUUCAGUAUUGGCAAUAUAUUGGCACAUUUCAACAGGUUGUCCCAUAGUGAAACCUUCAGAUGUGUGGGAAGUAAAAAUAUUUUUCUAAUCUAGGAUUGCUAUGAAUUUUAAAAAGACUGUCUAUAACAAUAAAUUCAUUUCUUCCCAGAAAUCUGACAGCCCUUCU